ACUGUGUGGGACAAACACUGCGCAUUUAACAUCGAACCGCCGUCCAGUCGGGUGUUAGUGAUAUCGUCAUCAGUGUCAAAUGUUUGUAAACGGUGUCGAAGUUAUCAGUUCGCGUUUGAAUAAUAUCUCGUUGAACUCGUUAAACAGUCAAAAUAACAUGCAUCCGAACGCAGAUAAACCACCGGCAUGCGAGAAAACCCCUCUGCCUGUACUACAUCUCACACCCACGACUGCCAAUCAGAGAAGGAGCGAUGGCAGUCCGCAGGAUGCAACUGACAACCCUUGGCUACUGAAGCCCCAGCACGAAAUACCUCCAACACCCCCGCCAAAAACAGACCAAAAACCGGUUAAUUUCUUCCCACAAAGAAUCGGAUAAAUCUACUAGGUCAGUCGAAAUCGAAAUAAUUUUGAAAUGGCAAGUUGCCAUAUUGCCAAAAUACGGUCUUUCUAAUAAAGUCGUACAAAAAUACUCCAUUACGUUAAUGCAAAGUAAACAUGUCAAGACUCAUGUACAAAGAAGCUUUUUGGCCAGAAUAUGUUAUAAUAUCUACCCACUAGAUGAGCAUCGCUGGGAUAUCUGCUUGUCUAUAUUUUUCUAAAAUACCUGUAUAACGGUUUUGGUGAAGAAGAAUGUAACAUAGAGGAAAAUUUUAGACAAAGGAAUUUUGAUGCGUAGUAUUAUUUAUGAUUUAUACGUGUGCAGGAAUAUAUUAUUUAAGUAAUUACCUAAGGUAGCUAAAUAAACUAAAACUUAGUUGUA